AUGGCGUCGGAGCGGCGCAAGGUCAAGUACCAGUGGAGCAGCACUUCGGAAGGGUGUCCCCGCAAGCGCAGCUGCCUCCGGGAGCCCAGUGAUGUGGCCCCCUCCAGCCGGCCAGCUCCUAGCUCUGCGUCGCGUUCAGGAGGGACCAGCAGCCCCAAGCGUCUGAAAGUCCAGAAGGAGGACGAUGUGGCCUGCACGCCGAGGUUGCCCCGGGGCUCAUCCUGCCGCAGAAAUUCCUCCUCCUCGCAUUCUUCCGGCGCAGGUGUGGGCGGGGCUGCCGCCAAAGGCUGCCUGAUUCGGAGCACACGGGGAUUCCUCUCGUCAGAGGGAUCCCCUCUUCGCCCUGUCAACCCCUCUCCAGAAGAAAUGGCUUCUCUAGAGGAGGAAGCCUGCAGCCUUAAGGUUGAUUCAAAAGAUAGUUCUCGUAACUCCACAAACUCUGAAUUUGCAGCUGAAGCGGAGGGUCAAAAUGAUACAAAUGAGGAACCAAACAAGGUGCAAAAAAGGAAGAGGGAUCGAUUUCGAGACCAGGGCUCUACGGUGAUCUACCUGAAGGCUAUCCAGGGCAUCCUGGGAAAGUCGAUGCCAAAAAGGAAGGGAGAGGCUGCCACGAGGGCAACACCGAACAAAGGAGAGCGUCCCAGCUGUGGAGAAGGGCCAGCCAGGAGUGUCACUGUGUCUCCUCAGAAAGGGAAAGAGUCAGCCCCGGAGGUGAAAGCAGAGGACGAAAAGGCUGUGCCAGAGAGGAGCAGUUUCUGCAACAGGAGAGUGGUGAUAGACCUUCAGGAGAAACCCAGCGAGGAGACAGCUGGUGACCGAAGGACAGUCAUUGACAAGCGUUCUCCAGCCCUCGAGUUUUUGGAUGACUCCGACUCUCAUUUAGAAAGCCAGAAGCCUAAAGAAAGGGAGGUGGUGAUAGAGCACACCUCUUCAGGAAGUGACUGGUCUGACGUGGAUGAGGUCUCCACAGUCAGAUUCUCUCAGGAGGAGCCCAGCUCGCUGAAACUCUCCACAGUUCUGGAGCCUUCUGCCUUCCCCACUGACUAUGUCAUGUACCCGCCUCAUUUGUACAGUAGCCCAUGGUGUGACUACGCCAGCUAUUGGACGAGCAGCCCCAAGCCUCCUGGUUAUCCGGCUGUGGGCGGCGGCGGCGGCAGCGGCGGCGGCAGUGGCAGUGACCCGCUGCAGGCAGGGAGGGGCAGCCGGGGCCUCCUGAGUGAUUAUUCCCCUAACUCUACAGUGAGCUCCCAGAACACUUCCAGAGACCAGGAGGUGACCGAGGAAGGCAGAUCCCAGAACGCUCGUUUAUUUCGUUUCUCCAGAAGCUCAGAAGAAGAAGAGGUGAAGGAAAAAAGAGCACUCCAGGAGGAGGCGCUGCCCCGUCCCUGCGGAGGGCACGCAUCUAGCUCCCUGCCAAGGGACCAUCGGGAGUCAGGCCUAGAGGAGGGUUUCAUUGAUACCCACUGUCACUUGGACAUGCUGUAUUCCAAGUUGUCUUUCAAAGGUUCCUUUACCAAGUUCAGAAAAAUUUAUAGCAGCUCCUUCCCUAAGGAGUUUCAGGGCUGCAUCUCUGACUUCUGUGAUCCUCGGACACUGACAGAUUGCCUGUGGGAGGAGCUGUUGAAAGAGGAUCUGGUUUGGGGAGCCUUUGGCUGUCAUCCUCAUUUUGCACGUUACUACAGUGAGAGUCAAGAGAGAAAUCUUUUGCAAGCAUUAAGGCACCCCAAGGCUGUGGCAUUUGGGGAAAUGGGCUUGGAUUACUCGUACAAGUGCACCACGCCUGUCCCGGAACAGCACAAGGUGUUUGAGAGACAGCUGCAGUUGGCCGUGUCUCUGAAGAAGCCCUUGGUGAUCCACUGCCGAGAAGCUGACGAAGAUCUACUGAACAUCAUGAAAAAAUUUGUGCCCUCAGACUACAAGAUCCAUAGGCACUGCUUCACCGGCAGCUACCCGGUCAUCGAACCCUUGCUGAAGCACUUCCCCAACAUGUCUGUGGGCUUCACGGCCGUCCUGACUUACUCCUCGGCCUGGGAGGCACGGGAUGCUCUGAAACAGAUCCCGCUGGAGAGAAUCAUCGUGGAAACGGACGCUCCCUACUUCCUGCCCCGACAGGUUCCCAAAAGCCUCUGCCAGUACGCCCACCCAGGCCUGGCCUUGCAUACAGUUCGAGAGAUUGCGAGGGUCAAAGAUCAGCCGCUCGCCCACACCUUGGCCACCCUGCGUGAGAACACCAGCCGCCUCUACAAUCUUUAA